AUGCGUGUAUACAACGCAGAUGGACAGGCAUCGGAUCGUUGGAUUGCUGAGUUUAAUUCGUUUGAUCUGUGUGAAAAAGCCUAUCAUAUACGAGGCAAAAUUGGUGAACGCCCAGUACGAAGCAGAAGAAUAACAAAUGAGAUUGCUGAUGAGUUGCUUGCAAUACCCGAUAAAUUUGGACGUCAGAGAAAAGAGGAGUACGAACGUAAGCAAGCCCACACGGAUCCGUCAACCAUUACACCACUUCUGGAUGUAAACACAUCGUCAAGUCGACCAGGUGAACCAAUGAUGGGACCGAAUUUCCAUAAUCCUGUCAGGGGAGGCCGUGGUGGACGAGGACGUGGAGGAUUGUAUCGAGGUGCACUGCUGCAAGGAAGUUAUGGCGGUGAACGUGAAGCCCCUAUACCACCACCACUAGCACCACCAUCUGCAGCGGCACUAGCAGCAGAUAAACAGUCUUCCACUGCGAUCAAUGGAGUACCACCAUCAACAUCUGCAGUGGUGCCGCCACGUAUGCCAACAUUUCGUCCACGAACCGGCCUUCUUCCAACAGUUCGUCCACGUCCGCCCCUAAUUUCGCCACCAACAUUUUUUGGCAACACGACACCGUCCACAAUACGACAGCGUGGUCCACCACCAUCUGGCCAUGGUCCACCACUACUUCGUGGCCCACGGCCAACUCUUUUCCCGCCCACCAAUGGCCCGGCUGGACCAAUUAUACCCCCUCCAAGCGUGAAGGCUUGUCUGAUGAUUGAAAAAGUACCGCAGACGACGUCAGACACGGAGCUUGCUCAGCUGCUGCAUCUCUCGCAAGCCAGCCAAGGUAGCGUUAUCAUCGUAUCCUUGAAAUCAAAAAGCCAUGGAUCACAUUUGGUUUUUGAGAGGGAAAAAGGAUUUUAUUUUUCAGCAACAAUCCGUCGAGCCGCCGAUGGCUUGAUAUACAUUGAAAUGAGUGGUAUGGAUGAAGCAACAAAGACAGUGCAACGCCACAGUGGUAUGCGCAUCGGUGAUAGCAUAAUAGCAAUAACAGCAAUAACACGACAGCAGAUGCAAUUCGGCCUGGAAAAGAAAGCAGAAGCCGUGGAAACCUUAGAGCCGGAACUGAUUGCAUCAGUUGGUGAACCAGGCACGGUUAUAAGUUGCCAUGGUUUUCCAGCCAAUGUUACGCUAACGGAUGUGGCGCAGUUUUUUGACAAAUACUCGCUGGUAGAGAGCUCAGUAAGAAUAAAACUGGACGAUAAUGGUACACCGACUGGAGAAUGCCUUUUGGCUGUAGGCUCACCACAAGUAACUCUUGUUUUCUGUUUAGUUUUUGGUUUUUUAUACCGCUUGGAGUCGAAAUAA